AUGGCGUUCGGGGUGUCCUACUGCGGCAACUGUCCCAUAUUCAACAAUUACGUACUCAAAAAAGCGAUCCUGAUCAGUUACGAUGUCAUAGUGAUCGUGUCGUUCGGUCUGUUCGAGUACUUCGCCUUUUCGGACGACGUGUUUGUCCGGCUGUUCAGUAAGACCACGAAUAAAGGGGUGAUGUCUAUACUGUUCCGCUUCUCCGCCCUCUCGAUGGCCAUCGAGUUCUUCGCCAUCAAAGGACUGCUGCUGAAGAAUGGCUGGGAUCUCAUCAAAGCCAUCAGGAAUACCGGCACAAUGAGCGUAUCCCGUUUCCAGACGCACAUGAUCGACUUGUUCCUGGCUACAAUGGCCAUUAUGUGCGCAUUUCAAUUGCCCAUAAACUUCACAUCACUGGACAAGUCGUUGACGAAUGUCUACAGCGAAGAGAAACUCAAGACAAUCGGCUUCUUCAUCGUCGGCCUCUUCUAUUCGAUGAACAAGUUUUCAGUCACUUCGUUGAUGUUGUUCACG